GAAAAACCUAGAUUAAGUGUGGAGGUUUUAAGAGAGCACAAAAUCACUCAAGCUUUCAUCGAUUCAAUAUGGGAAUGUUGAUGCGUGGAGGUUUUAACAGAACACCAAAUCACUCAAGCUUUCAUGGAUUCAAUAUGGGAAUGUUGAUGUUGAAGGACGGUGCUGGAAGAUCCCUCUUCAAUUCCAGAUAGCUAUUGUCGAAGCAGAACAAGGAUUACUGAGGGUGCAGUCAAUAGAUACGGAUGCCAGAGUUUUCAAGUUAAGAAAAUAUACAUAUGAAUUGACAUAUGUUCCUGCGUGGAAGGUUUUAAACAAUUGGGAGGGUAAAGUGUCCAACCGGAAUGCAUUGCAUUAUUUGAACCAAAAUCCGAAAGGGAAAAGGGCAACCAAAUAUGACGAAAACGGCCAGGAAUUUGCAAGAAGCAUGACUAAGGAGAGAGGAGAAUCGAAUGACUUGGUUGAAUUUGAAGAUUUAAAGAAUGGACAAUUGUUUGAAUUCCGACGAGCAUCAGGUGAAGAAGAAUCAAUGGAGGAUUAUUUGGAAAAACCACGGCCUCCUCACGAUGUUCACUAUGAAAGAAUAUUUUGCGAUUGCAGUCAUCAUCUCUUACCUAUUGGGUCCCACGAUGGGAAUACCAGUUAAUGUGGUCAUGAAAGCGGCUGAAGCUUACAAGCUUGCUUCCAACACUUUAGGUAAUCUGAAAAUUGGAAGCGCUUUAAACGUUGUACACAAAAGUUUCCGUAUUGAAGCAGUUCCUUACCCGUAUUCAAAGACAGUGAAAAUACUAUUGGCAUUUAAAAUCUUUUUUGGAAAACAACUUUCCGAUGGAAAGCUCAAUUGUCUAACUCCGCCUUUCAAAGGCUGUGCUGCCGACGAUGACGUAAUUUUGAUUGCGUUCGAUGAGGAUGGCUUAUUAAUUCCCUGGAUCGGAAUGGGGACGGUAGAAGAGAACCAUCUUGAGAAAGUGGUUGUUCCAUCCGAUACUCAGAAGAAAAGCCUGGUUAAUUGUAGUAUUGCACUGCAAUUUCUGAAGCAAGCUGGUGUCCCAGUAGUUGAUGAAGAUGGAACAUAAACUAUAGGAGAAGAAGAUGUAGUCAAUGGGGACAAGGAGCUAACACUAGCCUUGCUUUGGAACAUAUUUGUUCACCUACAGGAGAACUCAGGCACCCAGCCUCUCUUGGAUCUGCUGAUUAGUUGGGUUCAGGCUAUAUGUGAAGCGUAUGAGUUGAAGGUUGAAAGCAAAUCUUCCUUAUUGGAUGGAAAAGCUAUGUGGUGUUUGCUUGAGUAUUACUUUCGUAAAGAACAUAACUGUUCAAGUUGUUGCAAGAACCAAGAUGGAACAGUGGGAGAAGUUUCUAUCAUGUCAGCAAUUGAAUAUACAGAUGCAGUUCACAACUUCAUACUUUCCCAAAAAUUAACAUCUUUAUUAGGGAACUUUCCUGAGGUGCUGCAAGGCAAUGACAUUGUAGAACACAAUGGUGCAUGUAAUGGACAGAGCGUGAUUGAUCUGUUGGCGUUUCUCACAGUUCAGCUACUUGUGAAACGAAACAUGGAUAAGUUGAAUUCUCAUAAAUUGCUGGGUUUCAGCUGCCAAAUUACUAACAGCAGGCUCUCAAGUACAGAUUGGGACAAUGUCAAAGGAAAUGAAAGAGCCUGCACGUGAUGAAGCAUUUGCCCGAUUUUAACAGAUAUGGCAACAGAGCUUUCACAAAAGUGUUGUGAGGAACUUGUUGCUGCGGGCGCAAUUGGAACUUUACUGAAGUUAAUAAGAUCAGUCAGCCGAAGUAUACCAGUUCACCAAGUAUUGAAGCAUGCAUUAUCGACUCUUAGGAACCUCGCCAGAUAUCCGGCAGUCGCUGAGAUACUUGUUGAGAGUCAUGGAUGCAUGGAAACUGUUGUCGUGGAGUUCUUAAGAAACAAAGAGGAAGGAUACUUCAUUGCCUCUGAGCUUUUGAAGGGAAUAUGUGGUAUAGAAAAUGGGGUAAAUGCCAUUCGCAAGUCACCAGCUCAUUUGAAGAGCAACAGGAAAGGAAGGAACUUGGUGGGAAGAGAAAAUGCAGAGAUGAGACUAAGAGAGGUCGUUAAGCUUCUCAAACUCCUUACAAGUGCCUGAAGGGACAAAACUUUCAUUCAUAGCCUGCUGAUUUUUGUGACUUACAUUAGGGGUAUUAACAAAGUUAGCUCAACAUGGAGUUUAACCUGGCUAUGAGAUAAUUGUCUUUUUGAAAAAUAGAUUAUUUGCUUCUUCUCACGGGAAAUGUAAAUUCAAAGAAUAUGUGCUUGUUAAGCAUGAGUUUGAAGGUGCUGGCUGUAGCACUUUAAGGGGCGUGGAAUUGUUUUUGCCAAGACUAUUUGGAACUAUACUUGCAGUAUAUGAAAACACCAUAGGGGUUGCGAAUUUUUCUUUUUUCUUUUUUCUGUAGUGUAAUAAAUAUUAUGUUCUUGAGAAUUUGAAAUCAUUUUCUGUUGGGAA